UCACACUCUCUCCACUUGUUUUCUAUCUUACUCUUCUGAGCCCGAUCUGUACCUCACUCUCCGCUUUUUUAAACCCUCCCUCAUCUCAUCUCUCCCUAUUUCUCCAUCUUUAUCACUUUCUCUGUGAAAAGAGAGGAAUGCAGUAUGUGUCAGGCUGUGGCUCUUUGGCUGUUGAUACUUUCGACUCUGCUACAGGAGUCAGUGCAGGGUCCUCACCAGCGCUUUCUGCUGCGGGAACUGCUGAGAGACUACAACCCCAUGGAGAGACCUGUGGCCAACGACUCCCAGGCUCUCACUGUUCAGUUCUCCUUCACUCUGAUGCAGGUCAUGGAUGUGGAUGAAAAGAACCAGAUUAUCACUACGAAUGCCUGGCUGCAGAUGCAGUGGUAUGACCACUAUCUCCAGUGGAACCAGUCUGAGUAUCCUGGAGUUAAAAACCUCCGAUUUACUUCUGAUCAGGUCUGGACACCUGACAUUUUGCUCUACAACAGCGCUCAUGAUAAGUUUGACGCCACCUUUAAGACAAAUGUGCUGGUAAACUCCAGCGGCUUCUGCGAGUAUCUGCCUCCAGGAAUAUUUAUCAGCACAUGUAACGUGGAUGUGCGAUGGUUUCCUUUUGACAUCCAGCGCUGUGAGCUGAAGUUCGGCUCUUGGACAUUUGACGGAUGGCUGCUGGACAUCCAGAUGAAGGAGGCAGACGUGUCAGGCUACAUGCCCAACGGAGAGUGGGACCUGCUGGAGGUCCCUGGAGGUCGACAUGAGGUUUUCUACGACUGCUGUGCAGAGCCGUACCCCGAUGUGACUUUUGUGGUGACCUUAAGAAGAAGGACUUUAUUUUACGCUCUCAAUCUGCUCAUCCCCUGCGUGCUCCUCUCCUCCAUGACCCUGCUGAGCUUUCUGCUCCCCGCCAACUCCGGGGAGAAGAUCAGCCUGGGCAUCACCGUUCUGCUUUCUCUGACUGUCUUCAUGCUGAUGGUUGCAGAGAUUAUGCCCGCCACUUCGGAUUCUGUACCCCUGAUUGGUCAGUACUUUGCCAGCACCAUGGUGAUCGUCGCAAUGUCUGUGGUAGCAACAGUCAUUGUCCUUCAGUUCCAUCACCACAGUCCAAAUAAUGGAAACAUGCCACGCUGGGUGCACUUGGUUCUGCUGCAGUGGGUUCCCUGGUUUCUGCGGAUGAAGCGUCCGGGUGAGGGGGCGGAGCCGACCCUUUCCAACUGCCAGGCAGACUGCCAGAGCAAGACCCUCUCCUCACCCACCACCACCACAACCACCACCACCAACCAUACGCCGCUGCCCUCCAUCCACCCCCAGAGUCUAAACUCCCUGCAGGUCAGCCUGGCUCAGCUGAACCACCCUUUGCCCCACCUGCUGCCCCACCGGCCCGGCACCCAGGCUGCCGUGCCCCUUAAUCCCUGCCCCAGAGAACCCAAUCUACAUCCACAGCCCAACGGUCACCUGCUCUACAUGGGCUACCAGACCUUCCAGACUCCUGGAGAGCUGGAUCCAGUACAGAUGAGCAGAACAACAAGUCACGGGAGGGUUAACAGCAGACUCGGUGGAGGAGAAGGAGAAGGAGCAGUAGCAGGAGGAGAUACACCGCUCCAUCACCACCUUCCAUGUUCAAAGUUUGGAAGCCCCCCACAGGAGACUCCGCUGUCCCCAGAACCUGAACCCUCAACCACCUGCUCUGGACCCUGCGUCCUGGAUGCUGUGGGGGGAUCAUCGAGAUCUGCAGCUUCACACACCAACAGCAGUAUGAUUCGUUCUGUUGCCGUGGACAACCAGCUGCAGGCUCUUCUGGCGGAGGUGCAGUUUUUAGUAGAACGCGUAAGGGAGCAGGAUCGGCAGCUAAGUCUGGCGGAGCAGUGGCAGUUUGCCGCGUCCGUCAUUGACCGCCUGUUUCUGGUUGGAUUCAGUGUUUUUAACAUCAUCUGCACCAUCGCGAUUCUCAUGGCUGCACCAAACUUUGGAGAAGCACUGUCAAAAGAUUUCCUCUGACAGACAGAAAUGGCAGGUUUAAGGGAAUGAGGGAUUUGAAGGGAUAUAACAGACGAUGAUUUGUUGGAAGCACAAUUAAUGUUUAUUUAAAAGGGACAUACAACAGCAAAUGAUUCCUGCUCAGUAACCUCGAGCGGACUAUGACUCAUGUGGAGUGGACUCAAAACUUUACACUGCAGUUUUUCUCAUGACUUGAGAAGUUAUAUGAAAAAAACCUGACCAUUAAAGAAUUCUUGAUAGUCCUUUUUUUCAAAGGUAUUUAUUGAAUUUUAACUGACGUAUUUGUUUCUCCUAAAAGGAGACACACAAGCCCCAAAAGUUAAGGAAUUAUCUCGCGCAUUCACUAUUAGUAUUAUCAUUUUCAAUGUCAAGAGAAACCUUCACCAGAACAUCAAAUAUUUCAUUAAGAAAUACCGACUGCGGUUUGUGGAAAAAAGCAGCAACAUCAUUCGUUUUUUGAAAC